UCACCGGACUGUCAUCCUCCGAGCGGCUGCCUGCAUCCCUGCCAGCUCUCUACCGCGGUCCAGCUCUGUUUUCAUCCAGUUUUACAGUUGGCGAAUACAGCAUGGAUACGAUUUAAGACGCACCGCCGAGCCGCCAGCAGUUUCACUCGCUAAAGAAACAAAUUCUCUUAAAGCUCGUCCUUUUGAAGUCAGAAUAAUGAUGGAGUAUUGGAGGCAGUGCGCGCUGUGGUUAAUAAACUGCAAGGUGCUUCCAGCUAACCACCGGGUUACAUGGGAGUCUGCACAGGUAUUUGACUUGGCCCAAACCCUCCGGGAUGGAGUCCUCCUCUGCCACCUGCUCAACAACCUGAGACCCCAGUCCAUCAACCUGAAGGAGAUUAACCUCCGACCUCAAAUGUCACAGUUCCUGUGCCUGAAGAAUAUCAGGACGUUCCUGGCAGCAUGCAGCGAGAUAUUCGGCAUGAAGAAAAGCGAGCUGUUCGAGGCCUUUGACCUUUUUGACGUCAGGGACUUUGGAAAGGUUAUGGACACACUUUCUAAACUGUCCCAAACAGCGAUUGCACAACAAACUGGACUCAGGCCUUUUCCGACAGAAGAGAGUGUUGAAGACGAGGAUAUCUACAACCACUUGGAAGACCUCAUAGAUGAGAACGGGGUGGAGGAUGAGGAGGAUCUGUACGACUGCGUGUAUGACGACGAAGACGGCGGAGAGAUCUACGAGGACCUGAUGAAGACAGAAGCCAUCCCUCCUCCGGCGUUUCAGAAACAGGCGGAGACUGACAUCAGGAGUUGCUGUUUAACAGAAAUCAAGCAGACAGAGGAGAAAUACACUGAAACCCUGGACUCUAUAGAGAAGCACUUUAUGACGCCCCUCACCAUGUUUUUAUCCAUGGCCGAGAUGGAAAAGGUGUUUGUGAAUGUCCCGGAACUGGUUAAAGUUCACAAAUGUUUACUACUGGAAAUCCAAGACUCAGUCCAACACAGAAGUGCCCAGAACCUUUACCAGAUAUUCAUCAAUUUCAAAGAGAGGUUGCUGAUCUAUGGGAAAUACUGCAGCCAUGUGGAGACAGCCAUCGCCACUCUGGAUGGCAUCUGCAAAGACAGAGAGGACGUACGCAUGAAGCUAGAGGAAUGUUCAAAGAGAGCCAACUACGGCAAGUUCACACUGAGGGAUCUGCUGGUGGUUCCUAUGCAGCGAGUCUUGAAGUACCAUCUUCUCCUGCAGGAGCUAGUGAAACACACUCAUGAUGCCACAGACAAGAGCAAUCUGCGGAAAGCAUUGGACGCCAUGAAGGACUUGGCUCAGUAUGUCAACGAAGUCAAGAGAGACAACGAGACGUUGCGAGAAAUAGACCAGUAUCAGAAAUCCAUCGAAAACCUGAAUCAGCCUCUGAGUAACUACGGAAGACCCAAAGGUGACGGGGAGGUACGGGUGGCCUCGGUGGACAAACGAGCUAAACAGGACAGACACAUCUUCCUGUUCGAUGCUGCGGUGAUCGUUUGUAAGCGGCGAGGAGACAACUAUGAGAUGAAAGAAGUGAUCGACCUGCACCUCUUCAAGAUCACAAACAACCCCACGUCGGACAAAGAGAACCGAAAGUGGUCCCACGGAUUCUACCUCACUCACAACCAGGGCCAGAGCGGCUUUGAAUUCUUCUUCAAGACCAAAGAGCUGAAAAAGAAGUGGCUGGAGCAGUUUGGCAUGGCCAUAUCCAACAUUCGUCCUGAGAAUGCAACUAACAACCACCAUGAGUUUCAUAUGUACACCUUCGACAGAAUCACCUCCUGCAAUUCUUGCCAAAUGCUACUGAGGGGCGUCUUUAACCAGGGCUACCUGUGCGCCAAGUGUGGUCUAGGUGCUCAUAAAGAAUGCCUGGGCCGCUUGGGCUGCUGUGGAAAAACAGAUCCCGGCUCCGUCAGAACUCAGUGCAAAGAUCGAGAUUCAGGUCUGCCCAAGAUGCUGGUUAUCAGGAACUACUUCGGUGUGCCGAGCCCCACUUCGGGUCCAGCACUCAGCAUCCAGACGGGUGACAUCAUCGAAUUAAUCUGUGCUGACCUUCACAGCCCCUGGUGGCAGGGCAAAAUCCUGUCGACGAAAGAGGUUGGCUUCUUUCCAAGUGACGCUGUGAAGCCUUGCCCAUGUGUCCCGAAGCCCGUCGAUUACUCCUCUCAACCUUGGUUCGCAGGGCCCAUAGAGAGGCUCCAGGCAGAGGCAGAACUCAUCAACAGGGUCAACAGCACCUACCUGGUCCGGCACCGCAGCAGAGAGUUCACAGAGUACGCCAUCAGCAUAAAGUACAACAACGACGUGAAGCACAUAAAGAUCCUGACGAAGGAGGGCUGCUUCUACAUCGCAGAGAACAAGAAGUUCAGGAGCAUAUUAGAGCUGAUUGAAUAUUACAAACACCACUCCCUGAGAGAAGGUUUUAGGAGUCUGGACACAACAUUGCAGUUUCCUUACCGGGAACCGGAGAACGCUGCUAUGCACCGCAUCAACCGGUUGGGUGGCAACAUGUUCGCUCCCAAAGUGAUUGGUGUGGCGAUAGCACGGUACGACUUCAGUUCACGAGACACCCGGGAGCUCUCACUACAGGAGGGUGACGUGGUGAAGAUCUACACAAAGUCAGGAGCCAACGGGUGGUGGAGGGGCGAGGUCAACGGCAGGGUCGGCUGGUUUCCGUCCACAUACGUAGAGGAGGGCGAGGAGUGAACGGUCCAACACAGGAAGAAGAAUAAGAUAAAAGGAAGGCCGGCAGCAGCGGAGUGAGCAAACUGAGCACAUAACAGCAACAAACAAGUGAAACCGGUGUCAGCUCCUGCACCGCUGCUUGCUCCAGUGUUCCUUUUCAAAGCCAAGCAGACGGCUUCACUCUCCUCGAUGGAGCCCUGUUGCCUACAACCAUCCCAGCGGCCUUUGAGAGAGAAAAAAAAGGGCUACAGUACAUUGCAUACGCAAAGAUGCCCGAUCAUUUCUGGUUGACUCUGCGCGGCUAAGUGACUCCACCAACUAGCAGCUUGCCUGUCAGCGGGGCACAAGCCCUCGCCAGACAACCCCCCCCCAACCCAUCCUCCUCCUCCUCCUCCUCCUCCCUAACUUAAUCCAUCCAUCCAUAAUUCACCCUUCGCUCCCUUCCUCUCUCUGCCCGAGCCAGCCGCAGCCCCCAACUCCCACCUGUUUCCUCUUGCCAAGUCGGCCGUCGCCAAUCUGUCAAAAGUAGAUACUCAAAUGCCACUCUUCCAUUCAUGCGCUCAUCCAUCCAUCCAUCUAUCCAUCCCCCUGUGGGAAUAGAGUUGUCUGAGCUGGAAAGGACCCACACUGGAAAGAGUUUUUUUUUUUUUUCUUUUCAUCCCCUUCUUUCUCUGAAUUGUCUAUUUUGACCUUGCCCGUGUGUUUGUUCCACUAAUGCAGGUGGUUAUUGAUGACUUGAUGACCCAGAUUCACACAUACACACACAUACACACACCACCCACUUGUCCUCCCUUUCAGAUUAUGAUCGCCACACACUCACACACACACACGCUCGCGCAGGAGAUGUAAGACAGGAGAUGUGAGAGAGGGAUGGUGUCGGAUAGCAUCGCUACGCAGUGCCAGCAGUUGAUCGCUGUUGUUCCUUUUUUUCCUCCCACCUCCUACAUUCUUUAUCUCCGGCCCGGCCUCUCAUGUUUUUAGUUGUCUUGGCCGUUAGCGAUCCUCUGCUCUUAUCGGUGGCAGCUCUGUCGACAGGAGCACAUUUGCCGAGGUUUUAUCUUAUUGGAGGCAUUACCGGCUUGUCGGGGGAACAAGCCGAGCUACCUGGGAGCAACCUGUCCUCUUCACAUAAAAAAAGAAGAAAAGGAAAGUAUAUGAAACAGCCCAACUUUGUUCUUUGUUCAUCCCCCCCCCCCACUUUUCUGCGUCACUUUUAUUUUAUUUUUUUCAGAACAUCUUUAAAGUUUAAUUCAGUUUCAUCAUCUACAGAUAUGACAGAUUUGAUGCCGUUUGAUUGAUUGCAUUGUUGCAGAGUUAAUCAAUCCAGAUUUUUUUCACCAGAUUACACAUUAAAAUGUUUUAUUCUGGGUGUUAGCAGCAAUGUUAUAGCCAGUAUGUCAGAGGUUUUUGUCCUUCAAGAACACAGUUGAACACUUGUAAUUUGGCAAGAAAAACAUCACAUUUAAAAGAGUAUAUAUUAUUGGCUCAAAGUAGCAACAGCUUCAAUCCAAAAGGAACUAAUAUCAGCUUUCAGAAACCCUUUUCUGCCGCUUAUAUCUUCCCUCUAACUGUCCUCCCUCUCAGCCCCUCUUCUUUUCUACGUUCCACCCUCACCUCCCGUAAACAUUAUGCAUACUGUCUUCCUAAUCCACAGUGAAAGAGGAUUUUCCCACAUUUGAGGGAAUAAAUACCUUUACAGCAAAACAUGCUACACAACACAACCGUAUACUAUUAACACAGUCCAAUAUCAAGCCACAGACAGAAUAAGAAGGCAGAACGCAUAGAUCCAAAAUGAUGAUCUGAAGGCAGCAGUCGGAUAUAUGCGGUUAUAUACAGUUCUCUCCGUGAAGACACUAGUUUGAACUAGUCCUUUAAUUUCUUCAGUUUGAAGUCGUUCAUUUCCUGUGUUCCCCCUCACUCCUCAAAUACAGACUUUCACACACCUACACACACCUACUCAUGACAUUUUAAAAAAUUAUGCAGCUUUUCAUUUUUAAGGAAAACUGUGUAAUAAUUUAACAUGUUUCUUUAAAAAAAAAUACAUGUAAUGUACAUAAAAUACAAUGAUAUCUAUCACUGAAACAUACAUUGGGCUGGUUUAUUCAGAGGCAGCUUUAGUUUACCACUUACUUUAAGUGGAAACAUGGUGAAAUACUGAAGAAAGAACUUUUCCGAGGUCCUGUUGAACUUUAAGUACAUGAUAAGAUCAAGAAAGCCUUUAGUAACUAACUGGUGGAUCCUGCCUCUGGAAACAGCCCUUAGGGCAUUGCUUCCUCUCAAAGCUAUACUCCUCUCCUACCAUGUCUUUGUCAUUGUUGAUGCCACUGGGUGUUGUGUCAGAAAUAUAUUUUGUAAAACUAAUAAUUAGUUGUAAAAAUAUGCUUUUGUAUGCGCUUAAUGGAGACAUUAUGUUUGGAAAUCAUUAAUAACCCCCCGCCAGCCCUGUCGCUCCGUGCCAUUAUGUAAUGUUACGACAAAAGAUUUUCUUUUUACAGUCAUUUGUUUAAAUGCUGGAUGGAAAACUGGGGGAAAAAAAUGUCAAAAAGGUAUCAUAUUAACAUAUUUUGUCAGCUGUGAAGUAUUAUAAUCCCCUUUCCAAUUUUGUGUUAUCAACAGUGUCAUUAAGUGACCACUAGAUGGAAGCAUCCUAAACACAUGUCCUCAUUUCCAAGCGGUCACCUUCAGCUUGCUAAAGUUUGGAGAUGACAUCAUCUGAUUAGGAGUUGAACAGUAUUUAAGGCAGAAUUAAGCAUCAGCCUCAGACUUGUUAAUUGAGAAUAAAAGGGAAAGAAGACGCCUUAAAGACAAGACCAAAGUAUCAAAGUACAUGGAAUUCAUAAUAUGAAGUCAUAUGUAAAGAGGAAGUCAUAUUGUAAAGUUUCUUUACUUCCAUCCCUGAAUUUUAUUCAGAAUUUCUUAAUAUUCCUGAAACUUUCAUGCCCGGUGGGAACCCUGAGGAUGAUAUUUCUCCUCCCCACAUGCUUCCUAAAAUGUCUGCUGGCUCUGAACAGCCAAACAUUAAAUUCAUAACAUCUUUAGGAAAUCUUAGAGAGAGCUGCGGUGUGGCAGCGGCACAAAUGAGAUCCAACACAAGCCUCUCUUCCCAUCUUGGGAGAACUGGAGAGGCAGAGUAGGGUUCUCUAAUCGCCGACUCCGGUAAUCCACUCCUGCACUCCUCCUCCGCCCAGAUGAACUCUGACAGCGGGGCCAUUUACAACUGCAGGCCUUCCUUCCUCUGAAUGUGCUUCCAGAUUUUUUUUUUUUUUGCGUGUGUGGGAGGGACGGGAGGAAGGCUCAAGGGUAUCUGUGAUCUAAUCAUUACACCAUCUCCUCACCUCAGCGACCCCGCUGCAUCCAUCUCUCUGUCGGCUUCUCUCUCUCUCGCUCUGUCUCACCAUGUCACUUCCCUUCUCUCUAUCUCUCUCUUUACUGCUCUCUUUCCCCAUCUAUCUUUCAUCCAAUCUCUGUCUUCUCGGUUUCUCUCUGUAUUCUGUCCCUCGCCCCGAUGCUCCGUAGGCUGUAACUGCCGCCGCUGUAUCUCGGUGGGAGGAGAAAAGAAGAUUCGGUAUUAUCAGGGACAGGAGGGAAAGAGGUGUUCUGAUUCUCUAUAAACAACCACAGCAAAAUGAAGACUAGUUUAAUUUUACCACAAAUUAAUAGACUGAGAGAAAUGAUGCCAAUUAGAGAAUGAAUUAAAAUGUGCUCUCCCUAUACACUGUGUGUGAGCAGAUUAUGUCCAUAUGCGUAGGCAUACACCAUGUACGUGGGGAAAAGCAUUCUGACAGGAUUCAGGGAUUUUAGGAUACAAUCUUCUUAACCAGGUCGUAAAAACAGGUCUGUACUAACCUGAACUGAAACAUAGCAGAAGAAAAUACUCUUAUGUCCUACAAAAACAAUAGUUUUUGCUGUCUUGGUCUCUGGUCUGAGGUGAAAAUCCAGUACAACCCAAGAAAUCAUUGACAAAUCAUCCACCUCCUCCUGUGUGUUACCCAGCUAUCAUUGCUCCGUCUUGACUGAGAUUUUUGUUCAGUGUUGUUCAUGCUCCAUGUUAUCCCUAUGAAGCCAAAGAUGUAUGCUGUACUUACUGUAAACUCAGUGUUAUGUCUCAUACCACGGUACCCGACCACUGUGGCCUAACUCUAAAACCGUGCAAUCCUGACUGUGUAGCAUUACCGUGUAUUUUUGCUGUACCAUAAUGUAAAAUAUGUACAUAGCAUAUAAUAAAAAUAUACGUUGCUUCUUCUAA